AUGGAAAACUUUUCUUGUGAUAUCAAAUCAUUACCUCCCCAAAUAAACGCAAACACAGCGUCUCUAUACCGCCCCCAACCGCCUCACGACCCACCGCCAGUGCCCCCAGCGGCGGUCCCCCACCCCGACGCCGACUUCCUGCGGCCCGCCACCGAUCCACGUCUGAACCCCAGGAUGCAAUACGACUCCCAACAGGUGGCGCCGUACGUGCCCCAGGUGCCCGUACAGCCCCAGUCGGGUUGGAUACCCCACCAGAGCAACCAGAUGCCGCCGCCUGUACCCCAGUACGCUGUUUCAGAUAAAAACAGCCACAUAUUCAACCACAAAGAAAGCGGGCUGCAAGUGCCUGAUGGGCAAGAGAUCAGCCAAAUGCAGUACACGGAGAGUAUGAGUGGGAGAGACUAUCCAAAAGUCCCAAACUACUACCCUGAUAAUAAUUACAGACAGCCCAUUCAACAAGAGAAUUGGCCUUCAGCUGACGAAACAAGAUACGACCCUCAAAAGUAUCCCCAGGACCCACUUCAACUGCAAAGUGAACAAGCCAUGAAAGACCAGACAAACUAUAAAGCUCCCCCUGUACAACAUUCAAAUACUCUGAAAUCAGAUGCUGUAAAUCCCAAACACGUACAAGAAAAGUUAGCCCACGACCUGAAGCACUCUAAGGAAAACAUGAUACAUGGUGUCGUGAAUCGUGAGAAGAUAAAAAUUGGAAACCAUAUGCAUCACGAAGAGUAUGCAGAUGUUGUUGCAUAUAAAGUAAGCGAUUCGAACGACCUCCAGGAUGGUAUAUCGCAGACACCAAGAGGAGCAGUUUUAUCCGUCACCCUAGGUUUAAUCAUAACGUUCAUCAUGGCGAUCAUGAUUGGGUGCAGACUGAAGAUGGUCCGGAGGAGGGUCAGGAGAGGAAAAUCAUACGCCCAUGAUGCUGACUACUUAGUCAACGGAAUGUAUUUGUAAUACACGAAAAAUAUCCAUUUAUAACAGAAAAACAUAUUGGUUUAUAUGCAGUGUUGUCUGUAAAUGUCAAAAUAUGCAAUUAGCGCCAUUAAAAAUGAAGAUUGCAGUCCGGGGAUUCACACAUUCAAAAACGAAAGAGAUUGAGCAUAUUGUUCAAGUUUUUAUGUAAAUACGACAUGUUUUAGAGUGAAACGAAACAUGAUUUUUGUACCUUGUUAUCAAACAUUUGUGAUAGAAGUUGAAAUUAUUUUUUUGUCAUGUACGAUGCUGUUUUUACAUAUGUAUGUAUAUAUAAUUCUUGCAGAUAGGUCAGUGUUUACAAUUUUUUUUUAAAUUAACUGAGAAUAGUAAAACUAUCUGGAGCUGUUAAGUGUAACUUUUUACUUUAAAUUUGCAUAUGUUUGCAAUAUUUCAGUCAGUGGCAUAUAAACGUAACCUCAAGUGGAGCUAAUAUAAGGGAGAUACCCUCGACCUCCAUGACUGUUAAUAGAACCCAUCAGGGAACUACAUUGUUAAGGGUACAUACAUUCCGUUCCAUUGACGGUAUUUAAAUAAAUAUAUAAAAAAUACGUGAUAGAACAUCAUAAAUAAGUAAUAUAUUUAAAAAAAAGAACUUAGUGAUUCUAAUCACAGGUCCAAAU